AUGAUCCCACCAGAAAUCAUCUUGCAUAUCAUCGCAUAUGUCGUCGCGGAUAUUAAACCAACCGAGCGGUCAAAAUUCAAUGGACUCAUUUCUACUAAUCGUAUGGUUUAUUCGUUGCUUUCUGAUGAGCUCUAUCGUACUAUCGUUCUUCAUUCACCUCGCAUGCCUAGCCGCUUCGCCGAAGCCCUCGCCUUAUCAUCCCGCAUGUCAUCUCUCGUCGAGAGUAUAUGGGUAGGAACUAUGGACUUCGAGGUCUUUGGAAGCUCUCAGCUUGGUCCGACUUCCAGUUCUGUCGCACGCAUUUUGGCCCUUACCCCAAACCUACGACACUUGGCUUUGCCUUCUGAAUAUUUCCCCCGUCUCGUUGCUCCGAGUAGGAUACCACCGAUAGAACACCUCACAAUUACCGACGACCUAUUUCCUCUAUCCACACCCAAGAUCCCUAGUUUAGGCACCAUCCAUAUUUAUGGUCCCCUCUGGCCCACACGAACUGAGACUCUGAUCUCCCACUGCCCUAACCUAAAACAUGUUUUCUGUACAAUUCCAUAUCAUUUUCAGACAUCGUACGUCACACCUGCUGCGCAAUGUACACAGGCUCUCCAAGCUCGCAUACAAUCAUUAGCAUCCGUUGACUUUGUUUGCUCCAAACGAGUUGCUAUCCCACUGAAAAGAGCGUUGGCUGACUGUUUCGACCACGAACGCAAGGCUGAGAUUACCGUCAAUACCAGGAACCUGGAACAUCAAUCUCCUGGCGAUGUGUGGUUCCGGGAGCGCACCCAAGUAAUCGAUCAUCGUGGAGUUAAUGGGCUUAAACCCCACGGCCUCUCCUGA